AUGGCGGCUUCCGUAACUCUGUUCUUGCUCUUCGCAGUGCUUUCUGCAAACCAAGUUAUAGCUGAAACCAAUGAUACCACCGUCAUCCGUUUGGGUUCUUGGCUCUCCCCAAAAUCAAAUUCCACUUCAUGGGCGUCACCUUCUGGUCAUUUCGCCUUCGGCUUUUAUCCGCAAGGUAAAGGCUUUGUUGUUGGAAUAUGGCUGAGCCAUGAACCUGAGAAUAUCACUGUAUGGACGGCUUAUCGCAACAGGCCACCAUUAUCAUCAGAUUCUGUGAUCGAGUUAACUAAAGACGGCCUAGUUCUGCUUAAAGACACAGGGAUAAAAGGAUCCAUUACUAAUGCGUCAUUUGCAGGGCGUGCACAUUCAGCGUCUAUGCUUGAUUCGGGCAAUUUCGUGAUUUAUCAUAAGAAUCGAAGUGUUAUCUGGCAAAGCUUCGAUCUCCCCACUGACACCAUAUUAGGAGGUCAAACUUUAUCUCCUCAACAAAAUCUGGUCUCUUCUUUGUCCAAAUCCGACCACUCGAGUGGAAACUUCAUUCUCAUCGUGCAGGAUGAUGGGAAUCCUGUGGCCCACCCUGUGAACAAUCGAAGGAGAGAUGAUGCUUACUAUGCCCCCAUGGCUUCUGUGUAUGUCUCGCUUACUCUUAAUCUUACAGGCUUUCUUUGCUUGGUUGAUGGAAGAAAUACUACUUUAAGGGUUCUGGGGCAUAGUAACAUUACUGGGUAUAACACAAGCCUAGUCUACCGUGCAACACUUGAUGUGGAUGGGAUAUUUAGAUUGUAUGUGCACAGACUUGAGAGGAAUGCCAAAUCAACUGUCUAUAUUGUGGCGCGUAAUCUUCUUGAUCAAUGUGAUUUCAAAAGUUUUUGUGGCUUCAACAGUUAUUGUUCCUCCAUCUCUGGCAAAGGUGUUUGUCAUUGUUAUCCUGGAUUCACACCCAUCAAUAAUGUGAAUGAAAGCAUGUUUUUGGACUGUGAACCAACCAGCAAAUAUGACUGUAAAACUAGUAAAGAUACAAAGAUGGUAUACAAUGUUAGUAAUCCAUUCAAACAUAUGGAAUGGGGUCUUAUUCCUUAUUUGGCCAUGUCCAUGGAAAUAGAAGCUUGUGGGAAGUCUUGCAAUGAAGACUGUGAUUGUGGGGCAGCGUUAUAUGAUGAAGGAAUCUGCAAAAUGUUUAGCCUUCCGCUUAGAUUUGGCAGAAUUAAUCAUAAUGUAUCAACGACAGCCUUCUUCAAGUUGCCUUCAACGAAUAAGAUUCCUCUACUAAAUGUAAAGAAGCCAGAGGUUCUUGUUGAUGACAAGAAAAAUCUGAUUUUUACUCUGGUUAUCAUUCUAGGUACGAUUUUAUUCUUCUGUUUGGUCUUUGCAAUAUCUAGUUUCUUCAUUUAUAUCCGUAAAGUCUAUUCAUACGCAAAGCUCUCCACUAGUAGCGAAAAUUUGGGUUUCGUUGAGGAUUGUGGUUUGCGACCUUUUGCCUUUGAUGAAUUGGCAAACGCAACGGGAAAUUUCACAGAAGAGAUUGGUAGGGGAUCUUUUGGGAUGGUUUACAAAGGUACAAUUGGAGAAAGCAACAGAAGGAUUGCAGUGAAGAAACUAGACAUUGUCAUUGAUGGAGGAGAAAGAGAAUUUCAAGCUGAAAUCACUGCAAUUGCUAGAACUCAUCACAGAAAUCUGGUUCAACUCAUUGGUUAUUGUAUCGAUGGUUCAAGAAAGCUUCUUGUUUAUGAAUACAUGAGCAAUAGAUCUCUGGCAGAUUUUCUGUUCAAGGCUGAGAUGCAUUUAUCUUGGAAACAAAGAGUCAAAAUUGCAUUGGAUAUAGCAAGAGGAAUCCUAUAUCUGCAUGAAGAAUGUGAAGUUUGUAUUGUCCAUUGCAAUAUCAAGCCUCAAAACAUCCUCUUGGAUGAAAUGUGGACAGCAAAAAUAUCUGAUUUUGGACUUGCAAGGCUAUCAUCAAUACCAGAACAUUCAAGAAUCAGAAGUAUCAAUGAAUUAACAAGUGGCUAUGUGGCACCUGAACGGCAAAAAGAUGCAUCGACAUCUAUAAAAGUUGACAUUUACAGCUAUGGCGUGGUGCUGUUAGAGAUCAUAUGUUGCAGAAGGAAUAUAGAUGUGAAUGUUCCUUCGGAAGAGGAAAUUAUGCUUUCAAGUUGGGUGUAUAAUUGCUUUGUGAGAGGGGAAUUGAAGAAACUUGUAUUAGUGGAUGAAGAUGUGGAAUGGAUGACAUUAGAAAGAAUGGUGAGGGUGGCGUUAUGGUGUGUCCAAGAGGACUUGUCUCUACGUCCUUCCAUGAAGAAUGUGAUACUGAUGUUGGAAGGGUUGAAACAUAUUCCGAUUCCUCCAUCUCCAAUCCCACUUGCUUGAUAAUCUUCAAAAAUAUGGAGAAGCUUGCUUAAUAAUUUGAGUGAUAUAUGUGUGGCUCGAAUUAUUCAUUAAUCGAGUUGGAAUCAAUUUAUGUAAAAGAUUUAAGUUGCUCAUUGCAAAUAAGAUGUGUCACUCCAUAAUUUGAUAGAUACGUAAUUUCAUUAUGUCUAAGCUUGUGAUUGAUAAUUGUAUUUGAUCUGAC